AAGAAGCAGAUGUAAAGAAUAUGGCAUCUAUUUCAUUACCAAGGAGUUUAUUAAAACAUCUGAAAGACGAAGAAAGGGCAUGCAUUUCACGAAUAACCUUUUUCUCCAUGCGGGACGAUAAGCUAUACAGGGUAAAACAAAAAUCCAAUACCCAAGGAAAUACUAAGAUUAACAGCUAUGUUCUUGCUGCCAAUGUUCCCAACGUUCCAAUAAAGAAGCUUGACGAACCACUUAAUAUAACCUUUAAUUUAAUAAACCAGAAUGCCAGCAACCUAAAAUGUGUUUACUGGGAUGAAAGCCCAGGACUGAGUCCCCGUUGGUCGCCAAACGGCUGCAAAGUAUCCAAAUAUGUACCUGGAAAACAAAUAAUUUGUUCCUGUAAUUAUCUAACAAGUUUUGCCGUAAUGGAUGUCUACCAGAAUGAAGGAGAGAAGGAAAAUGUAAAUGACUUAUCUAUUAUAUCUAACACUGGCUGUGGAAUAUCAUUUGUCUUUCUCGUUCUUACAAUAAUAAUUCAUGUUUGUUUCAG